AUGUCUCACGACGUGGUGCUCUCUAGUACCGAACAAGAAGCAGAGUUCGACCCAACCUACUCCUUUGACCACCAACGCUCGACUUCCACAUCGGCCUCUGCUUCGGUCUCUGCCACCAAUACUCCAGCAUACAGCCGCGGCGACUCGCUACCACCAUCAGGCAUACCUCCGCAUCUUCAGACACAGUUUAGCACGCUGUCUGGCUCUGCGACCGACUACGCCUCUGCCGAUUCUGCCGCCAGUUCACCCUGCGCUGCCUCGGCCGAUCUCUCCGUUGACAACGACCGUGUCUCCGAGCAGCUCUUCGACUCCAGCUCGACUCUGCAGGCUGCCAAUUGCGGGACCUUGAGAAAUCAGUCUCCCCUCAUCAACACGCCCCACCGUGCGCUCAUGGGUGGGGCUUCAGAGCAGUCACAUCGAUCUGGUUCUCCCCUGAAACGAAGAGCAUCCAGCAUGGAUCCAGAGUAUGAGAACGUGGACUCGCGGGAGGACGUGGAUAUGCUCACGGUCCCUGAUGCCCAACCGCAAGACCAAAAUUCUGGGCAAGAUGUGAAAGAGUCUCAGCCCGUGGAAGCAGAAGCCGCCGGAGGUACAAAGGUGCCUGUCGCUGACAUGGAACUGCCCUUGAAAACAGAUAUCCCACCGAUCGAGCAACAGAUCAAGACGAUCGAAACACUUCUCAAGGCCUUCAAUGAUAGGGGCGCAAAGGAGGGAGAUGUGGCCUACUUGGUAUCACGACAAUGGCUGAACAAGGCCCAGGCUUUCGGUGCAGAUGGGAAGUCUACGAGCAAGGAGGCUUCAAACGAGCCUCUUGGGCCGAUCGACAACUCGGAUAUCAUUCAAGCUAUCUUCACCGACUCCGCCGACCAGCAGUGCGUGAAGCUAAAGCCGGGCGUGGGAUCGGAGUCUGCUGAGCUGUUUCCCAAAGACGCAUGGGACCUGGUGCUGUCAUGGUAUGGUCUGGCGCCUGGACAAGCUCCCAUUGUCCGUAUAGCGCACAAUACCGCGCUUGAUGCCGCCAGCGAGCCCAACGUUCAGUUUGAGUUUCAUCCCCCCGUCUUCACCGUCCACAGGCUAUGGUCGGCAGCAAGCCCUCUGCCCAUCGAGCAGGAAAUCAAGCUGAAGAAGCCGCCACCGCCCAUUAUUGUCCAAAGCGCAUCUGCAUCGUUUCACAACUUCCUUAAGCAAAUCAAGGAGCUGACUGCUGUUCCUAUGGAUCGUAAAGUCCGGGUCUGGCAGCGACUGCAAACAAUUCCCGCCACAGAGGAGGUUUCGAAGCCCUCUGGCAUGGAAACCCCUCCUGACUCUCCCGGGCGUUCCUCGAGCAUACCCAACUUCCUACCUAGGGCUCCAGGCUCCUGGCCGGAAAUGCUCGUGGAUGUUGAAACUUUCAGCAAACUAGAGCGUGGCGUGGAGCGCGAUCACCUCGCAGCAGAUGAUACCACAACCAAUCCCAACUACAACGGGAGGAAGAGUCUGUCAUUGGUUGGCCUUACUGUGGACCAAACCUUGAUCAUCGACGAACAGGUUGACCGGGAUGAUUACGUCUCUACGUUCUUCACCAAAGUGGCCAAUGGUAACAAGACCGUUGGCAACGGCAUUGUCGCUCAGGCCCGUGGUACUGGCAGCGGACGUAACAGUCCGGCUCCCCCGAGUGUCCUUAAUAGGGGCCGGGUGCAACCCAGAUGCGGUCGUACGCCAGGGUGCGUUGGCUUGCAGAACCUGGGCAAUACAUGCUACAUGAAUUCGGCUCUGCAAUGUCUACGGAGCGUUGAAGAGUUGACCAAGUAUUUCCUCACUCACGAGGCCAAGAAAGAGAUCAAUCCUGACAAUCCGCUUUCCCAUAACGGAGACGUUGCUAUGGCAUACAUGCGGCUGUUGGAUGAAAUAUAUAAGAAUCCUGCGCCCAACUCGGUCGCGCCCCGUCACUUCAAAAGCAUCGUGGGCCGAUAUGCCCCCGCCUUCUCCGGCUAUGGUCAGCAGGACUCCCAAGAAUUCUUGGGUUUCUUGCUCGAUGGCCUACAAGAAGACCUGAACCGCAUCAAGAAGAAGCCGUACAUUGAAAAGCCAGACUCUACGGAUGACAUGAUCGGCAACCCAGCUGCUAUCAAGGAAAUGGCCGAGAAGGUGUGGGAUAUCACAAAGAAGCGUGACGACUCGAUCAUUUCGGAUUUGUUCACCGGAAUGUACAAGUCGACCCUUCAUUGCCCUGUGUGCGACAAGAUCAGCAUCACGUUCGAUCCUUUCAACAACCUCACUUUGCCCUUGCCAAUGAGUAACGUCUGGUCCCGGUCUGUCAAGUAUUAUCCCUUGAACGAGCCUCCAGUGGAAAUCGUUGUAGAGGUCGAUAAGACGAGCGCCUUCAAGGCCAUCAAGGAGUUCCUUUCGACGAGGGUCGGUGUCCCCCCCGAGCGUCUUGUUGGGGGUGAAGAGUUUAAGGGCAAGUUUUUCAAGCAGUACGACGACAUGAUGGCGAUCAACGAAGAGAUUCAAUCGGGUGACAUUGCUGUGAUUCAUGAAGUGGAAGCGCCGCCUACCAAUGUCAACGCCAAAAAGGCCAAGAAGCAGGCGUACAGGUCGCUGCUGGACGAUGCCGAGGAAGAGCCCACUCAACCUGCGUCGAAUCCCCUGGCGGAACGUCUCCUUGUUCCAGUUCUACAUCGCAUGGACCCUAAUGCGGGCAGUGCCAGAUACCACAAGAAAGUGGAGGACAUCCCACCGCCACAUUACAUUGUGUUGACGCCUCAGGAGGCUUGUGAUGAGAAUGUCAUCCGCAGAAAGAUUCUGGAGAAGCUGGCGACCUUGUCUACGUGGUCGGAAUUCACUGCCGACGAAGAGGCAUCGGAGGCUACGGACCCCGAGAUGGUCAAUGGCGCAUCAGACAUCGACUCUGCGGACUCCAAGGUAAUUGCCAAGUCCGUCGAGGGCGAGGAAGAUAUUGUCGACGUGACUAUGGGCAACACUGUUCCCGCUGAGAAACCAACGGCGUCACCAGCUCCUCAAACUCUCCCGGCGCUGCUCAAGCGUUUCAAGUCGCAGCGGCCUAAGUGGAUUGACCCUUCAGUAUUCCUGAAUGCGAGCCUGCAGAACCUCUUUACGAUGUCUUACUUCAGGGAGUCCCAUGGCGGUGUUCCUACUGGGUGGCAAAGCGUCAAUGACACCAGCAAGCACGAAAGACUGAGCUCGAGGGCCCCUAAGACGGUUUCUUCGGAUGUGGAGAUGUGCAGCCCGAAUGCCUUGGAUGGCUCGGAUGACAGCGGUAGUGAAGAGGCUUCCUCGGAACAUGUGGAUUCCGUGACACGGAUGGCCGAUGAGUCGAGCGAGGGUUCGGAUGCCCCUAAGGGAAGUGAUCGAUUCAUCGCUAGUCCUCCUAGGGGAGCCAGUGCCGGGCCCCGAGGCAAGAACAAGAAGAUGAAGGCUGGCCGCACCUAUGGCAAGAAGGCCAAGAAGCGUUUUGAAAAAGAACAACUGAGAAAACGGGCUGCGGCCGCCCAGCAACCCAUCGAGGUUCCUGAGCAAGAUUACCGUGUCGACUCCGAGGAAGGGCCCCUUGUGCGUCUUGGCGAAGGCAUUGUUGUGGACUGGUCCGAGGACGCUUUUGAUGCUGUCUUCUCUCCUACGAACAGGACCUACAACAAGAUUGAGACUUUGAAUGACCCGUCGUUGGGUGCCAAGAAGAGGCAACGGGAGCUGCGUAAGAAGCACGGUAUCAGUCUGGACGAUUGCUUGGCCGAGUUCGAGAAGGAAGAAAUCUUAUCCGAGCAGGAUACCUGGUACUGCCCUCGUUGCAAGGAGCACCGUCGCGCAAGCAAGAAAUUCGACCUUUGGAAGACGCCAGAUAUCUUGGUCGUCCAUCUGAAACGUUUUAGCUCCGUUGGCUGGCGUCGGGAUAAGCUGGAUGUCCUUGUCGACUUCCCCAUCGAAGGCCUCGACCUGAACGAGAGGGUCAUUGACAAGGAAGACGGUAAACAGGAGAUCUAUGACCUGAUUGCUGUGGAUGAUCAUUGGGGUGGCUUGGGCGGUGGCCAUUACACCGCCUUUGCCAAGAACUUCGUUGAUGAUCAGUGGUAUGAAUUCAAUGAUUCAUCCGUGUCUAAGGUGACCGAUACCUCUAAGGUUGUCUCACCCGCUGCCUACUUGCUGUUCUACCGUCGCCGCUCAGACAAGCCUCUAGGCGGGCCCAAAUGCGAGGAAGUCGCCCAGCGCUAUUCCCUUGACGAUGAUGAGGAAAUGCUGGACUCGGGGGAAGGUCAGCGUCUCGGUCAUGGCUCCUCCCUUCGUGGGUCGCCGAGCGCUUCGAACGGAGCAGGUCAAAUUCUCCUGCGAGGAGAAGUUGGUUCGGUUAGUGGCCGCGGUCUAAAUGGCGACUCCGAACUGCCCUCCUAUCAGGAAAGCGGCACGAUUACUGGUCCUGAGGUGCGGAAGAGCAUUGAGUUUGAGGAUGAGGGUAUUGACCUACCCAACUAUGAAGCUGCGGGUAACAUGUCCGGCAUGGCCUCUGCUCUCCCCGCAACCUGGAGUUUCGAUAACAUUCCCAAGACCGGCUCCGAAGCUAGUGGCUUGGACGACGAGAUUGCGAGCGAUGUGGCACAAGGCGACAACUCCGGCGACGAAGCUUCUGUCUUUGCCGGUAUCAAUGAAUAUGGCUCCGCUGUGGAUUUCAUCGGGCCUGCUGCACAGAACGACGAUUACUCGGCAUUCACUGACAAUGUUCCGCCGCCGCCGUCAGUACAGGACCAAGACACCAUGGACCAAAUCACGCAGUUGACAUGGGACCACAAGGAGCAGGUUCACGAAGUCUUCGUUGAUGGUGGCGUUGACGACAUUGAUGACGAUAAGGUCGCGGAGAUUCACGUCGACGAUCACGAGCAGCAAAGACAAUCGCCAGCAGUUCAGGAACCGCCAAAGAAGCCAGAAGGAGGCGAUAAGUCGUCGGACUAG